AGCGGAGGAGUCCGGCGGCCGGGACGGUGUCGGUGAGGGACGGGGGUGCUUGGGGAGGCAUGAGGAGAAAUCGGUGGAGAAGCAGAAAAAAGCGUGGAUGGAGCAAUGGGAAGCACAGCUAUCGUCCCCAUCACAGCAGGUCCCACCCUGAUAACUGUAAUGAAAGGCCAGAACAGGAGGAAUCAGAGACUCCAGUGGAUGCAGGCCCCAGUAGCAGUGGAGAUGCUUCUUCAUCCAGUUUAACACAGAACUCUGUAGUACCAGAACUGCCAGGAUUUUACUAUGACUCAGAGAAGAACCGAUAUUUUCGCCUGCUGCCUGGGCACAAUAACUACAACCCACUCACCAAGGAGAGCAUUCAGCACAAGGCAAUGGAGUGCAAAAGGCUGAGACUCUUAGAAGAGGAAGAAAAACAAAAGAAGAAAACAACAAGGGUUGGACUGAACUCAUCUCUGCUGUUACAGAAGAGGCAGCUGGGUUUGCUUAGCUCCACAAGUUACUGCAGGCUGGUGCAUGAGCUGAAAGUGAACUGCAUGCGGAGGAGGAAGAUAGAAAUUCACAGUCCAGAUUCCUCAGUUGCUGGCACCGACAACUUCAAAAUAAUUGUGGCAGAUGUUGCUUGUGAGCGGAUAUUCACUGUGAAUGAUGUGGAGCAUGGAGGAUGUAAAUAUGGGAUCAUCAACCUCAGAGGUUUGGGGAAGGAGUCUCUGACUGUGGAGAUGUAUGACAACCUCUACUUCACAAACCGCAAAGUGAAUUCUGUGUGCUGGGCAUCAUUGACUCAUCCGGAUUCUCAUGUUUUGCUGUGUCUCAUGGGAAUUGCAGAAACACCAGGCUGUGCCAGUCUGCUUCCAGCAUCAUUGUUCAGCAGCACUAACCCAGGUGACAGACCUGGGAUGCUCUGCAGCUUCAAGAUAUCCACUGCCUGGUCUUGUGCUUGGUGCCUGAAUCCCCAAGCAGACAACUGCUUCAGCACAGGCCUGACACGACGAGUUCUGGUGACCAAUGUAGUGACAGGUCAUCGACAGACCUUUGGAACCAGCAGUGAUGUAUUGGCACAACAGUUUGCCAGACAGACCCCAGUGCUGUUCAAUGGCUGCCGGUCAGGGGAGGUUUUCAGCAUCGACGUGCGGCAGCGCAGCCGCAAGGGCCAGAGCUGGAAAGCAAUUCGCCUCUUCCAUGGCUCAGCAGUUACCUCUGUUCACCUUCUGGAGGCUGAACAUUACCUUCUGGCAGCAGAUAUGGCUGGAAAGAUAAAACUGUGGGACCUGAGAACAGCAAAAUGUGUGAAGGAGUAUAAAGGCCAUCACAAUGAAUAUGCUCUUCUCCCUUUGCAUGUAAAUGAGGAGGAAGGACUUCUUACAGCAGUUGGUCAGGAUUGCUACACCAGAAUUUGGAGUCUCCAAGAUGCCCAUCUGCUUAGAACCAUCCCUUCCCCUCACCCCUCCUCCAAAGAUGCCAUUCCCAGUGUGGUGUUUUCUUCAAGACUUGGGGGUAGCCAAGGAGUUCCUGGCUUACUCAUGGCUGUCAAACAGGAUCUUUACCACUUCUCCUAUAACUGACACCAUAUUCUCCUCAGACCUGGCCUACAAAGCUGCCAGCUUGUCCAUCACUUCAACAUUUUUGUACCAGUCACUAUGUUGCAUCUGCUUGACCCAAGAGAUUCUGAAUGGCCUUCAGGUUCAACAGAUCUUGCUGUAUACAUCUUGUAAAUAAAAGCUGAAUGCUGAUUAACUUCCUAGACAA